AGUUUUUGAUCUUCAAUCGCCGCUUCUGAUUCGUAUUUUCAAUGACGUCAACUGGAAAUUCACACAACACCAUCGAUCCUUCAGAUCCAUUAUACUUACAUCCGUCAGAUCAUCCGGGACUUAUGCUGAUCUCCAACAAAUUCGAAGGUGAUGGCUUCGGUUCAUGGCAGAAGUCGAUGACCAUAGCUCUUUCUGCGAAGAACAAGUUACAAUUCGUUAAAGGACAGGAAAUAGGAGAUAGAGUUCUAUAUGCGAACACUGUGGCAAAGCUUUGGGAAGAGCUGGAUGAGAGAUUCGGCCAGUCUAAUGGUGCCAGGCUGUAUCAAAUACAAAAGGAUAUUUGUUCCACAAGUCAAGGAAAUCUUGAUAUUGCAGGAUAUUAUACAAAGAUCAAGAGACUUUGGGAUGAAUUGGCCUUAGUUUCAAAUCUACCUGAUUGUUCAUGUGGUGCUGCUCAAGCUAUUAUAAAACAUGAACAAGACCAAAAGUUAGUCCAGUUUCUGAUGGGACUUAACUCUGAUUACAAUACUAUUAGAGGUAACAUACUCAUUAUGAGACCUCUGCCGUCAGUUUCCAUUGCGUAUGGAAUACUCAUUCAAGAGGAAAAACAAAGACAAAUUCAAGCUCCUGUCCCUUUUGUGCCUGAACACACCUCUUUGAAUGUCAAUACUCAAAAUGCUUAUAGAGGAAGAUAUGAUGAGAAGAAAAUUGUUAUAUGUGAAUAUUGCAAGAAGAAAGGUCAUAGUGCCAAUAAAUGCUACAGACUGGUGGGAUUUUCAAAGGACUUUAAGUUUGCAAAAGGAAAGAAGGUGGCUGCUAAUGUGUUUACUGGAGAGGACAUUGAGCUGAAUGAUUCAAGGCUGGAUGAGCAAUUCACACCAGAGAUGUGCAGCAGGUUCAUGAACACUUUUCAUGGAGACAAAACUCAGCAUUCUGUUAAUCCCAUGUCACAGGCUUUUUCAGCUCACAUGGCUGCUUUACAUCAGAUGUUUGUCUCUUACAAGGUCCUUUAAUCAAAAGGCCCGUAGAGCUUGGCAGGAGACAAGGUGGUCUUUACAUUACCCCUGUUUGUUCACAGAAGUUGGAGUCUUCCUCCACAUGUUCAGUCAAUUCUGUAAAUAUUUUGCAAAAUCAUAAAUCUGAUAGAGAGUC